AUGGCAAACCUCACCCUCAACCCUCCCUCCAACUCCACCCUCCUCACCCCCUCCGACACCGCCAUCCUCGAGGCCUUCAUCCCAGGCUACUCCUUCAUCUCGCGCAUCCUAAUCAACCACCUCCACAUCGACCCGACCCGAUACCUCCCCUACGUCCUCGGCUGCGUAGUCCUCCUCGCCUCGCUGAAGUACACCUCGUCCCGCAUCCGCCACCUCAUCGAGACACACUGCGUCUCCAAAGCCGAGAUCCGCCUCGACGACGAAAUCUACAGCUACCUGAUGUUCUGGCUGGCACAGCAGCCGUUCACGAACCGCACGACGCACUUCGUAGCCGGCACACGCACCGGCGGAUCCGGCGGCCGGUCGUACUACGAUUCCGACUCGGAGGACUCCGACUCCGAAGACAACGAGUACGACGAGCACGGGAACGUGCUGGUCUCGUUUGACGCGUACUGGGCGAAGGCGAAGAACCGCGACAAGUACAAGCGGCUGCGGUUCACGCCGGCGGAGGGGACGCACUAUUUCUGGUUUCGGCGGAGGCUGCUGGCGUUCAUGCGCGUGAAGGAGGAUAAUAACAACAAGGCCAGUUUCUACUCGCGGUUGACGCCUGAACGGCUCUAUCUUGCGUGUUUGGGCCGGGAUCCGACUAUUCUGAAGGAGUUGUUGGUGGAGGCUCAGAGAGCGUAUGUGGCGCGGGACUUGAAUACGACGGUGAUUUACCGCGCGCAGAAGUCCCCCGGCGAGUAUGUCGACUGGACGAGGUGCAUGUCGCGGGCGCCGAGGCCGCUGUCGACGGUGGUGUUGGCGGCGGAGCGCAAGCAGGCGUUCAUCGAUGAUAUCAAGGAGUAUUUGCACCCGCGGACGAGGCGCUGGUACUCGAAUCGCGGCAUCCCGUAUCGUCGGGGGUAUUUGCUGCAUGGGCCGCCUGGGACGGGCAAGACGAGUUUGUGCUUCGCGGCAUCCGGCAUGCUAGGGCUGUCGCUGUAUCUGCUGAAUCUGAGCUCGAAGAGCUUCGGCGAGGAUGAUCUGAUGAGUCUGUUCCAUGAGCUGCCGAGGCGGUGCAUUGUUCUCUUGGAGGAUGUGGAUUGCGCCGGAAUGGCGAAGGAGAGGACGCUGGGUGAUGGGGAGAAGGGAGGCGAGCAGAAGGAGAAGGAGACGGGUUCAGAGGAGGCCACCACGACUGCGAAGCAGGGUGUGUCGCUGUCCGGGCUGCUGAAUGUCAUUGAUGGCGUGGCGGCGAGCGAGGGCCGGAUUCUCGUGAUGACGACCAACCACCCGGAUAAAUUGGAUGCGGCGCUUCUUCGUCCGGGACGUGUGGAUAUGUCCGUUGAGUUUGGGUAUGCCGAGUCCGAGGACAUCAGUGAGCUCUUUACGGCCAUUUAUUCAUCCCUCGAGGGCGACGUUCGGCUGCCUCGGGGAAGAGCCAUGGCGUUGGAGGAGCAGAAGCGAAAGGAAAAGGGCGAUGUCAUUGAGGCCCCGUGGCAUCGUAUCUCGCGUGAGAAAGUCCAGGGGCUCGCGUCGGAGUUCGCAUUGCGUGUGCCUCCGUCCGAGUUCACGGCUGCUGAGAUUCAGGGAUACCUUUUGAACCACAAGGAUGAUCCUGAAAGCGCCAUCAAUGGUGCCGAGGAGUGGGUGGAACGCACUCGGUCGAAGCGCAAGGAGAAGGAGAAUCCGCUGGCUUCGUCUGGCGUUUAA